AUGGCCUAUUCGUACUGGCUCGCUCGCUUGCGUUAUUGUUCGAAGAAAUCUUCUUUCUCCAAUGCUUUUCGUGAUUCUUUUUACCAUAACAAAUUUCAGUCUAGUACUCGUCAUUACAACUUACCAUCCACUAUACCUGAGAGAACCAAAACCCGGUUUUUUUCGUGGUCUAGCUCUUUUCUUCCUUUGGCUUUCGCUCUUUCAGCUGGGUCCUUUGCCUUUCAAUCCCAGAAUAUCCAGCCUUCCCUCUGCGAACCCCCUGAUCUGGAUUCCGGGAAAGUGACCAUUGGUGGGAAGGCAAGCACGGAGUUUGUGGUUAAGGGCAUUCAUAAACAAAUUCCACAAGAGCUUAUUGACGAAUUAAAGGCUAUUUGUCAAGAUAAUAUGACUUUGGAUUAUGAUGAAAGAUUCUACCAUGGAAAGCCACAGAACAGCUUUCAUAAAGCAGUAAAUAUUCCUGAUGUGGUUGUUUUCCCUAGGUCUGAGGAGGAAGUUUCCCAGAUUGUCAAAUCUUGUAAUAAGCACAAGGUCCCUAUAGUACCAUAUGGUGGAGCUACAUCCAUUGAGGGACACACUUUGUCUCCUAAUGGAGGUGUUUGCAUUGACAUGACCUUAAUGAAGAGAGUUAAAGCAUUGCAUAUUCGGGACAUGGAUGUUGUCGUUGAGCCUGGAAUUGGAUGGAUGGAACUUAAUGAAUAUUUGGAGCCUUAUGGUUUAUUUUUUCCUCUUGAUCCAGGGCCUGGUGCAACAAUAGGGGGCAUGUGUGCAACACGCUGCUCUGGAUCUUUAGCCGUGAGGUAUGGUACUAUGCGCGACAAUGUAAUCAGUCUUAAGGUAGUCCUUGCCAAUGGAGAUAUUGUCAAGACGGCUUCUCGUGCUCGGAAGAGUGCUGCUGGGUAUGAUUUGACUCGCCUGAUGAUUGGAAGUGAGGGAACCUUGGGUGUAGUAACAGAAGUCACUCUACGGCUUCAGAAAAUUCCUGAGCAUUCAGUGGUUGCAAUGUGCAACUUCCCCACAGUUAAGGAUGCAGCAGAUGUUGCUAUUGCCACCAUGUUGUCUGGUAUUCAGGUGUCAAGGGUUGAACUAUUGGAUGAAGUCCAAGUAAGGGCUGUCAAUAUUGCUAAUGGGAAGAAUUUGCCUGAAGUUCCAACACUGAUGUUUGAAUUUAUUGGCACAGAGGCAUAUUCUCGUGAGCAAACGGACAUUGUUCAAAGAAUUGUUUCUGAGCACAAUGGCUCAGAUUUUGUUUUUGCAGAAGAGCCCGAAGCUAAAAAAGAACUUUGGAAGAUUAGGAAGGAAGCUCUAUGGGCAUGCUUUGCAAUGGAACCCAAUUUUGAAGCAAUGAUUUCUGAUGUUUGCGUUCCCCUAUCACACCUAGCAGAACUAAUAUCAAGGUCCAAGAGAGAGCUGGAUGCAUCACCACUGGUUUGUACAGUUAUUGCCCAUGCUGGUGAUGGGAACUUUCACACAGUAAUUCUGUUUGAUCCUAACCAAGAUGAGCAUAGGAUAGAAGCUAAAAGGCUAAAUCAAUUUAUGGUUUAUACAGCUUUGUCAAUGGAAGGAACAUGCACUGGUGAACAUGGCGUGGGCACUGGGAAAAUAAAGUAUCUCGAAAAGGAACUUGGAAUAGAGGCAUUGCAGACAAUGAAACGGAUCAAAAUAGCUUUAGAUCCUAACAACAUCAUGAAUCCAGGAAAGCUAAUUCCUCCCCAUGUUUGUUUCUAAAACCAUUAGUCCAUCUGCUGUUGCUGGUAUAUGCAUGACUACUAUUUCAGUCGCUGCUUCCGAAAUCAUGAUGACGAUGUUUUUCAUCGUUGUACCGACCGGGGAGUCGGUUUUGACUCGCUGAAUAUGAGUUAGCGACAAUGUUGUUGUUAUCCUUCAUUUCUUUUCAUGAUCUUAUCCCUGGUUAUAUAUUGCAAUGUCUCCUUGGAGUAAGAAAACUAAGAAUAAAUUAGCGCAUUAAAAAAAAGGAUUUUCAUUGCUAGUUGGCUUUUA